AUGUACAACAUCGAAAAAAUGGGAAGAUAUUUCUAUUGUUCCCACUUUUACUUCAAAUGGAUGUCCCAUGAACCACCGCUUUCGCGUGAUAGAUUAAAUAUGGUCCCCAAAAACAUGGGACGUGUUACAAAUCCUAGUACAAAGUUGAAAAUUCAUUUGGAAAAUGAACAGCUUGUUAUGUAUGGUUCUCCUUCUGAAUCAUCUGGAUGCGUUUUAAGAGGGGCGUUGAGUCUACGACUAAAUAGGCCAACAAACCUCAAGUCUUUAACCUUAAGUUUCCAAGGCACAAUGUCUGUGAGUUGGAAUCAAUUAUUAGGGAAUGGCUAUGAACGUAAGCAUAGUGAUAGUCAAAUAUUGAUUACUCAUACGUGGACGUUUUUACCAGCUCAACAAAACAAGGAGCACUCAUUGGCCGCUGGAAAUCAUUCAUAUGAAUUUGAGUUAGUAUUACCUGGAAGCUUACCAGAGUCGACGCACGUGGCCAAGUACUACCUAGUGCAAUAUCAACUGAAAGCAAAUGCAGAAAGGUCUUCCUUUCUAAUGCCCAACUAUAAUACACGGCGUGAUAUCCACCUUUCCAGACAGAAACUUUCGCUUAGCAUAGACUAUCUAGACCCAAUUAUGAUUACAAACCAUUGGACUGACAAAUUGGAUUAUGAAAUCAAUUUACCCACUAAAGUCUAUAGUCACGGUGAUACUAUACCGAUCACCGUACGAGCAAUUGCAUUGGCGCCUAAUUUAAAAAUCCGUUUUGUUUCGUGUACAUUUAAGGAAUACAUGACAUGUCGUGCUAUAAAUGGAUGGUUUAAUGGCAAAAAUAAAUCACAUAGUCGAAUCAUUUUUUAUUCUAGGAUGGAUCAAGAAGGGAAUAAAGGCGUAUUAAACUAUCAGCAAGAUGACGGUGACCUAGUAUGGUCGACAACCAUGAAUAUCGACGUGCCAGAAUCAAUGUCAGAUAUACAAUGUGACGCGAACAAUGAAUCUGUCAGAGUGCGUCACAAAUUAAAGUUUACUGUAUCGAUUGCAAAUGACGAUGGUCACAUAUCUGAACUAAGAGCGGUAUUGCCUGUGGUUAUUGCUAUAACAAACACUGUGGGAGGAUUACCUACUUAUGAAGAAACUUCACACACAUUACCGUAUGAUCCGGUAAUCAUGAUGGCAUUGAUUAGAGCAUCCGAAGCUACCAUUGGCAACAGCAAUAUUAUCGAUUUGAUCACGAACGCUCGAUUAAGAAGUGACUCUACAGAUUAUACAUCUGUAUUACCGAGUUACAGUAGCAUCACAGUGCGUGAAGACCAGGACAGGAGACUGACCGCGUUACCAAGUUACUAUGCUAUUUAA